UUCUUUAAAUAUUCUAGUACCAGAAGAAUAUUUUGCGUAUUUGGAUCAUAUGGGUGAUAGAACUGAUAAAUAUCAAAGGCCAGAGCUUUGUCUCGGUUCUUAUGAAUUUAUUGCUACAAAGGAUUAUUGCAAGAAUGGCCAAUUUCCUAAUCCUCCAGCCUUUAUAUUCAUGAUAGAUGUUUCUUAUAACAGUAUAAGAAAUGGAAUGGUAAAAUUAUUAUGUGAAAAUAUGAAGAAAAUUUUAAUGAAUUUACCAAGAGAGAAUGGAGUUGAUAAAUCAAAGAUGAAAGUUGGAUUUGUUACUUACAGCAAUGUUGUCCACUUCUAUAAUGUGAAGGGAAAUUUAGCACAACCGCAAAUGUUAGUUGUAUCUGAUGUGAGCGAUAUGUUUAUGCCACUUUUGGAUGGAUUUUUAGUUAAUGUUGAAGAAGCUGAAUCUGUUAUUGAAACUUUAAUGGAAGAAAUACCUUUGAUGUUUGCGGAUUCUCGUGAAACAGAAACAAUAUUGGGACCUGUUAUACAAGCUGGAUUAGAAGCAUUAAAGGCAGCUGAUUGUUCAGGAAAACUACUCAUUUUUCACACCACAUUACCUAUCGCAGAAGCUCCUGGAAAACUAAAAAAUAGAGAUGACAGGAAAUUAUUAGGAUCAGAAAAAGAAAAGACAAUUUUAACACCUCAAACAACUUUUUACAACAAUUUGGGUCAAGACUGUGUAGCAGCAGGAUGUUGUGUUGAUUUGUUUCUCUUUCCAAAUGCUUUUAUUGAUAUUGCUACUCUUGGACAAGUUUGUAGGUUGACAGGUGGACAGUUAUAUAAAUAUUCAUAUUUUCAAGCUGAUAUUGAUGGUCAUCGGUUUUUAGAAGAUUUGCAACGAACAGUAGAAAAAUGUGUAGCAUUUGAUGCCAUUAUGAGAGUGAGAACAAGUACUGGUAUAAGACCAACUGAAUUUUAUGGCAACUAUUUUAUGUCAAACACCACAGAUGUAGAAUUGGCAUCUGUAGAUUGUUAUAAAGCUAUUACGGCUUGUAUUAAAUAUGAUGAUAAAUUAGUUGAAGAAGAGGGAGCAUAUUUUCAAACUGCUAUUUUGUACACCAGUUGCAGUGGACAACGUCGACUCAGAAUACAUAAUUUAGUUUUGAAUACUUGUUCACAGAUGGCUGAUCUAUAUCGUAAUUGCGAAUUAGAUACUAUCAUGAAUACAUUUGCAAAAGAAGGUAUCAGAUUAAUUUCAGAACAGAAUCCUAAAGCUGUCAAAGACAAUUUCAUAACUCGUAGUGCCCAAAUAUUGGCUUGCUACCGAAAAAAUUGUGCUAAUCCAUCAUCUGCUGGACAGUUAAUUCUCCCAGAAUGCAUGAAGUUGCUUCCAUUAUAUGUUAAUUGCCUUAUUAAAUGUGAUGCUUUAGCAGGAGGUCCAGAAAUGUCUACUGAUGAUCGAAGUUUCAUUAUGCUGGCAUUAAACAGUAUGGAUGUCAACGCUUCAGCAGGAUAUCUGUAUCCAAGACUGCUUCCUUUGCAUGAUGUUGAUGUUGAUUCUGAAGAACUUCCAAUUGCACUGAGAUGCUCAGUUGAAAAAGUCAAGGAUAAUGGUGCCUAUUUGUUAGAAAAUGGUAUAUAUUUAUUCUUAUGGAUUGGACAUUCUGUAAAUCCUGAAUGGAUUCAAGAUGUUUUUGGAGUUCAGGCUGCAGCAAGGAUAGAUAUUGACAAGACAUUGUUAUUGGAACUGAAUACGCCUCUAUCUAAACGAAUACGGGGUAUUAUAGAGCAAGUUAGAAACGAAAGACAGAGGUAUAUGAGACUCAUUAUUGUGCGACAAGGUGACAAGUUAGAAGUUCUCUUCAGACAGUUUUUGGUAGAAGACAGAAGUUCUGAUGGAAGUGCAUCGUAUGUAGACUUUUUAUGCCACUUACACAAAGAAAUACGAAGUCUGGUCACUUGAUGAUAGGAUUGUGGUGUCAUACACAUAAGUGCAUUGUAUAUUCUGAAAUUGAUUGAAAUGGAAUCUGCUCAGUUUACUAGGUAGGCUGCAAUGCAGGAAAUUGGACUAUCAAAGUUUAUCGACAGAUUUAUUAUUUAAUCAGUGUUAUUCUUUUCAAUAUCGUAUUUAGUUUCUUAUUAAUUUGGACUAUCAUAAAUUGUUUAUUCUGUUGUAAAAAAGUCAAUCAAAAGUUGUUAAGUGUAGAGAUGUUUCACCUUAAAAAAAAAAAUAUAAAGAAAUUGAUGUCUCAAAAUUUUUAUCUUCUCUCUUUAUACAUCAAAUUAUCAGAAAUUCUAGCAAAUGUAUAUUAUCAUCAAUGGAAUUAUGUACAAUAAAUUUGUUUGGGAAGUUAAGUUCAAUAUAAAUUAAACCAAAAACAUUGAUGCCUUUUAGUUCUAAACUAUAAUAAUAAUAAUAAUAAUAAAGAAAAACCCGUGGUAAUUUUUAAUGAAAUUCUUUCUUGUUAUGUAAUCUCUAAACUUACAAGUUAAACGACUAAUUCAAAAAAUUAUUAAAUGUAUCCUGAUUAAUGUAUAAUCAUUUUAAAUGGUGACAUCCUUUGCUAGAUUAAGCAUUUUAAAAUUUCAAGAAAGUUUUUUUAAACACAAACACAUACACACACACACCACACAGACAUUUAUCCUUGUUUUUCUU